GGCUAGCGGUCGGUUUCGCCGCAGAGCGAGAGAGCCCGGGCUUUGUGUACAUUCGUAUACAAGAAAACUAGCCAACAAUUUGUAGCCAAAAAUACGAUAUCAAAAUGAAAGCUGUGCGGCAUCGGUAUGAAAAUAUCGACUUUCGAACUUCUCAAACACGAUUUUUGCGGUAAUUAAAAAAGUUUUAACGCUUUAUAUUUUUCUUAAAAUUCAUAAGUUUGCCGUUUUUAUGGUACCAGAUUCGCAUAUAUCCGAGUGAUCAUAACGCGCGGAAUGGGGGGCUACUUUUACCAUACUGAGUUUUCGAAUAUGGCGCCGGCGGGUUGUCAUGUAUUUGCGGCGUGAGCGCUGCGUCGGCCCGAGGCCGAGCGGGGGGUGAGCGGCCGCCAGUAUACACCAAACAGUUCAGGGUCAACGCUGCCGGACAACAUACACGAUACAGUAUGACAGAGGCCUCGUCCUCCUCUGCCUCUGUAUCGAGGGGAGUAUGGAUCCUGCAUGUCACUAAAUGCAGCCACCUGCAGUCUGAGAAGAAAACAUUCAAAACACUGCCGGGAAACAUGCCAAUUUCAAGUGCAAUUGACAUUGUACAUCCUCCUCCGGGGAGCAUGGUGUGUGGAAGGGUGAUGUGUGGGAGUGGGCAGAAGCCCACAGAAUGGGUGGACGUUGAGGACACCGACGCGACAUUGUCCCAACUAGAGGGAUUUGGUUUCAACCAUCUAAAAAUUCAAUGCACCGGAGAUUCAUGUGAGGAGGCUGGCCCAAGCACCAUGAAGUCAAAGGGGGCAACAGUCAGUGCAUUUGAUGUACUUAUGUCACCCGUGAAAGUUCCACCUCCAAAAAAAACAAGCAGCUCUGGACAGAGUGAAGGCCUGAAUCGCAAGGACGAACUGUUCAACGACCUGGUGUCUGAUUUUACAGACAGGGGUUGUCUCUUUGCCAGGGACCAGGCAGGUAGUGAGGGAUCGUAUAUUAUUCAGGUCCUUUGCAAUAGCUUGUGGUAUGUGACAAAUCAGCAUGUGGUGAUAAAUGAUGCUGCCCUCAGGAAGAAAAGUGUGACAGCUGUACGAGUAGCAUUCGACAAAUACCAAGGGUACAAUGACUACAAACGCAAGAAGAUGAAGGCUCAACAGAUGUCAUCCACACAGCUCAAUUCCCAUGCCCAGGCACUCUACAGUUUGUGCAACCGCCCUGUGAUGAAGUCAAGUGCAGCCUGGGUAGAAGUCCAUAAUGAUAUUGAGAAGUUAGCAGACUGCCUAAGUGCAUACAGAGAGCACCUGGACGAGAUGCUUGAGAGUCAAGCAAAGAGACAUGAAUCAGACCACCCAGUCAGAGAACUAGAGAACAACUGCAGUGUGGAACAUCGAACAAGCAGCUCAGAGAUAUGUUCCAGGAGGUUCUCUGGCAACAGUACUUCACGUUGUGAAGGUUGAAGAAACCAGGUCACAGUCAGAGCUGCUGACACAGGC